GAUUUUCGGUGUUGAUUAGUGCUGUCUGAAUGCUUACAGCAGCACGCGCAGCAGUAAUGGACGUUUUGACUUGUUUCGGAAACUUGGAUCCGGAGCAAAAUUUGAUUUAAAGAGAUUUGGUGAAGACGCCGCACGGUUUAAGUCAGUGAGACCACAGAAAGAAGUCGAUCUCUCCGAUAUCGAUUAUUUUGGCAGAAGCCCAACCAAUGGAGCUCAGAGCAAUAAAUCCAGAAUGGAGGAGGAGGAGGCGGGGGUGUGUCCAGGCGGCAAAAGGAGACGAAAUGAAGAGGAGAAAAGUGGAAAAACAAAGAGCAAAAGGAAAAAGGAGGAAGGUGAAAGAUCUGAUGGUGAAACUGUGAAGGACGGAGAUGGAAACAGUGUGAUAUGGACCUCGUCUAUGGACAGAAAGCUACAAGAUCUACCAAGUGACAGAAAAGAGAGGACAUCCCUGAAGAGACUAAAGCAUCUUCAUCAAGAAAAGGUGAACCACAUUCGCUCACAACACCGUAUAAAUGUGCAUGGGUGCGACGUGCCAGAUCCUGUGUGCACAUUUGAGGAGCUGCAGUCAGAGUAUCGUCUCAACCCACGUGUCCUCCAAAACAUUAAAGACGCAGGUCUUAAAUCUCCAACACCUAUACAGAUGCAGGCAAUCCCGCUCAUGAUGCAUAGUCGCGAGCUGCUGGCCUGUGCGCCAACAGGAUCAGGCAAGACUCUGGCUUUCUGUCUCCCUCUGCUUGCACACCUGCAGCAGCCAGCCAACCUCGGCUUCAGAGCUGUGAUCCUCUCACCAACAAGAGAACUGGCCAGCCAGACCUACAGAGAGCUGCUGCGCCUGUCCGAGGGGGUGGGAUUUAGAGUUCACAUCAUUAACAAAGCUUCCUUGGCAGCAAAAAAAUAUGGACCGAAGUCGAACAAAAAAUAUGAUAUACUUGUCAGUACUCCAAACAGGCUGAUCUUCCUCCUGAAGCAAGAUCCUCCAGCACUCGAUCUCAGCAGUGUGGAGUGGCUGGUUGUCGAUGAGUCCGAUAAGCUGUUUGAGGACGGCAGGACGGGCUUUAGGGAGCAGCUUGCCACAGUUUUCCUGGCGUGUUCAGGUCCAAAGGUGCACAGGGCUUUCUACAGUGCCACCUGCACACCAGAUGUAGAACAGUGGUGCCGUUUGAACCUGGACAACCUGGUGUCUGUCAACAUCGGGCACAGAAAUACAGCCGUUGAAACGGUCAAACAGGAGCUGUUGUUUGUUGGCUCAGAAAAUGGCAAGCUUGUGGCCAUGAGGGACAUCGUUAAAAAUGGUUUCCUACCUCCCAUGCUGGUGUUUGUCCAGUCUAUUGAGCGUGCACGUGAACUAUUUCAUGAGUUGGUGUAUGAAGGCAUUAAUGUGGACGUCAUCCACGCAGAUCGCACACAACAGCAGCGAGACAACGUUGUGAACAGUUUCAGAGCCGGGAAGAUUUGGGUGUUGAUCUGCACAGCUCUACUCGCCAGAGGAAUCGAUUUCAAAGGCGUUAAUAUAGUUCUGAACUACGACUUCCCUACCAGCGCUGUGGAGUACAUUCACCGUAUUGGACGUACUGGCAGAGCUGGACAUCAGGGGAAGGCUAUCACUUUUUUCACAGAGAAUGACAAGCCGCUGCUGAGAAGCAUUGCUAAUGUAAUAAAGCAAGCUGGCUGUCCUGUACCAGACUACAUGAUUGGCUUCAAGAAACUGCACAGCAAAGCUAAGCGAAAGCUUGAGAAGAAACCUCCGAUAAGAAGCACCAUUUGCACCACUCCUCGAUUCAUGAUGAAGAAAAAAGUCAAACCACCUAAGAAAAGUCAACAGGCAGAAAAAGAGAUGUUGGAGGACAAGCAGAAAGCAGGAAGUGAACCUCAGGUGGUCAAGCAGAGGCAGAAUGUUGAAAAGAAGAGAAAAGCACAGGGAGUGAAGAAUAAAACGCAGAAAGAAAAAGGACCAGAAAAACACAGGAAGACCUCAGCAAAGAUGGGAGCCAAAUUCUCUGCAGCCAAACCGAAAAAGAAAGUUAAACGGGGAACAGCAACAGCAGUCGCGUGAGGAAUAAAAGACAAUUUCAUGCAACAGGAUGGAGGCUGACCUCUUGCAGUUAUGUUUUACUGCAAAUCUUCACAUUUCUGUUUUGUAUUUGAAGCUGGAGGAAAAAAAUAAACUUUUGAUAUA